AUGUCUGACCCAGCUGACGACUCAGUAGAAGCAGGAGAAACAUCAGGAACCGUCGUAGGAGAGUCAAUUCCAACUCCUAUGAUGACUGGAAUGGUUGCUGGUCUCAUCUUUGCAAUCCUCAUGAUGAUAUGUCAUAUUUGCAUUACAAAAGCUCUUGUUGGUCAACGACUCAAACAUUUGCCACGUGCACGAAAAGUCAAAGUCAAAAAGAACAAGAAAGAUAAAAAGGGGAAGAAAGGAAAGAAAGGAAAGAAGGGGAAAAAAGGGUCCGGUACAACAACUGGAACAACUUCUGGAUCGACAUCUGGAACAACUGCUGGUACAACUGGAGCAUCUACUGUCAUGUAG